AAAGCGGAAGUUGCGUAUUACACGUUGACAACACUUGCAGCACGUGGGGUCCAUGGAUGGUGCGGCUAAAAGCUAGAGAUUUUGUUUGAAGAGUACAUUUUUUGCCUUAUAUUGUUAUACGUCGAGGGGGAAUAAAGCUGCGAUAGAGAAAAGACCACCUCAGCGCCUGAUCCCGGAGCUCAAACAUGUCCCAGGAGGAGGCUCCAGAGGGAGACACCAGGAGGACCCGCAGCGGCCGCAGAGUGCGCACUCCUGCCGCACUUCAGAUCUCUGCGCCUGCGGGAAGAACACAAGGCCGCAGGACAAGACGUUCAGUGCUCCAGGAAAUACCAGCCCUGGAGGAAAAUACUACAGACGAGGAGCAGAAACCACACGUCCCUGUCGAGGAGGAGAAUGACCGCGUUUGUGAAGCUGAACCUGUGGCACAACCAAAAACCGAAGCGCACACAGCCAACACUCAAAACGACAGCGUGAAACACGAGCAGGUGACAUGCAAGGACAAAGAAAUGCCUCCUUCCACCGCAGAUCAAUGCACUGCCCCAAAUAAGAAGCCCCGACUGGCCCCGACUGUCAAACAGGCCCCCACAAUCCCACUGGGAAAACCCAAAUCAGGAAGAGUUUGGAAAGAUCGAAACAAGCAAAGGUUCUCAGCAGUGGUCAGGGAUAAACAGCUGUGUAGUUCCUGGGAGAAGAAGAUGCAGGCCAAACGAGAGAAGGAGCUGGUCAAACAGUAUUCUCAGCAGCUGAAGGAGGAGAAAGCUCGACAGAAAGAGGAUAAGAGGAAGAGGAGAGAAGAAAACUUGAAACGACGGGCGGAGAAUGAACGUAAAGCUGAGAUUGUUCAAGUGAUCCGGAAUACAACCAAAAUCAAGAGGAUGAAGAAGAAACAGUUGAGACGGAUUGAGAAGCGAGACACCUUGGCCCUGCUGCAAAAAUCAAAGAACAAUAAUCAGAGCACAAAACCCAAGGCCCCAAAAAGUGUAAAGGAAGGUCCCCCUGGUUCACUUUUGACCUAAGGAUGCGGUUUAGAAGAUACUGAUUAUUAUUACGCUUGUUUUUGUAAUAAUAGUUAUGGAUUUUUGUAUUGCUACCAAACUGAGGCGUGUUCAUUGUCUUUUAAAGGUUCUAUAUUACGUAAAACUGAGUCUCGUUACCUUUUAAACCAUAAUAAUAUGUUGUAACCUCCUCAAAAACAUACCUGGAGUUGUGCUUUGUUUCAUUCACACACGUGUGUAACCCUUUAUUAUUAGUGUGUCUACACCUCCAAAGCUCAAAAUGCUCCUCUAGUUCAGUAGAGAUUGGCAAGUCCAGGGCUGAAAUUAUCCAAAUGAUUCUAGUGAAGGUGAAUGGAGUUGAACACAGUGGAGCACUUCCUGUAUUACCACAUGACAUCACAAGGUGGAACAGAGUGUUUUCUGUUUGAAAGAACUGUGUGUUAAACCUGUGUGAAUGAAACAAAACACAACUCCACGUCUGUUUGUGAUGAGGAAACAACAUUGUGUAUUAUGGGACCUUAAAGAAUCAGAGAGAUAUUCGCCCCUAUGGAUUUAUGGAUGCUCAAAAUACUUCUAUACUGUAUAUUAAACAUCUUUAUGGAAAUUAUCUU